CCCACGCGCCUAAUCAUCGCGUAAGAAACAAAAAAAAAACACAAAAAUGAGCGUCUCUCUAGCGUUUUUCGUUUUGAUAUCUUCUUCUUCUUCUUCUUCUUCUUGAUUUGAUUCUUUUUCCGAUCUUUGUAUCUUUCUCUAGCGUUCGUUCGUUUUCAGUUCUUCGCGUAAAAAAGAAAUGUCUUCGAAAGACAAGAAACCGGCGAAGCCAUCUAGUAGUCGUGGCAAAAUCCGAACUCUUUCCGAUCUUAACCGUAGGUCUGGUCCUGACUCCGACAGUGAUUCCGAUGGUCCUCAAGAAUACUACACCGGUGGUGAGAAAAGUGGUAUGCUAGUUCAAGAUCCUUCGAAAAAAGAUGAUGUUGAUGAGAUAUUUAACCAAGCUAGACAACUAGGAGCUGUGGAAGGUCCUCUUGAGCCACCUUCUUCGAGUGCUAGGAGUUUCACUGGGACUGGGAGAUUGCUUUCAGGUGAAAACGUGUCUACUGGUCCUCACCAGCCUGAGCCUGUUGUUCACAACAUUGUUUUCUGGUCUAAUGGAUUCACUAUUGAUGAUGGUCCUUUGAGGAAAUUGGAUGAUCCUGAGAAUGCAUCGUUCCUCGAGAGUAUUCGAAAGUCUGAGUGCCCGAAAGAGCUUGAGCCUGCGGAUAGAAGAGCUCCGGUACAUGUCAAUCUGAUGCGGAGGGAAGAGAAGUGCCCUGAACAACCGAAGCGUAGGGUUUCAUUUCAAGGUAUUGGAAGAACUCUAGGUGGUAGCAAUGAUGGCGGCAGCGGAAGUAGCUCGCCGAUGGCUCCAGAUUCAACUUCCAUUCCCAUCCAAAUCAACCAAACCAGUUCAGCGGCACAAGCACCAUCUCAAAGUCUUGUAAUAGAUGAAACCGCUCCAACUACAUCGAUCCAGCUUAGACUAGCUGAUGGGACACGCCUGGUGGGUAAGUUCAAUCACCACCACACGAUCAACGACAUUCGCUCUUUCAUCGACUCAUCUCGGCCUGGAGCUCCAAUGAACUACCAGCUCCAGGCAAUGGAAUUCCCACCAAAGCCCUUGACUGAUCUCACUCAGACCAUUGAACAAGCCGGUCUUGCCAACUCUGUUGUUCUUCAGAAAUUCUAGAACUUUCUACAAGGGGUUUGUUUCUUUUUGUUCAAUCUAUAUAUGCAUUAUCACGAGAUCUUCGUAACUGCUAUUGUAACCAAAAAGAAAUGUUGGCCUGUAAGUUACUUCUUGGCUUUGUAUACAACGGUGUCUUUCUUAUGGGAAGAAACGACUUGUGGUAUAGUUUUCACUUCAUUUAUCGAAAAUAAAUUUUUUCUUUUAUGC